AUGCUGUUUUUGGAAUCACCACGAUGGUUGAUUGCCACCAACAAACUCGACAAAGCUUGCGACGUUCUGAACGACAUUGCACAUGAGCGCUGGAAUAACACUAAAGCGCAUUUCACUACUUCAGAUAUUUCAUCCAUUCACAAGAACGAGAAGAAACGUAAUAUUGUCAUCCACCAUAAUACAGGUUGGCAAAACUUCUUCGUGUUCCUUAAUUUGGUCUCAUCACCACUUACGAUAGGCUUUAUGCUGUUUUUGGAAUCACCACGAUGGUUGAUUGCCACCAACAAACUCGACAAAGCUUGUGAUGUUCUAAACGACAUUGCACAUGAGCGCUGGAACAACACUAAAGCGCAUUUCACUACUUCAGAUAUUUCAUCCAUUCACAAGAACGAGAAGAAACGUUUCUAUACAUUCUACCACCUUUUCAGGAAUGCUGUCUAUGUCACACCUCGUCUUGCAAAGCAGUCCCUGAUGCAAAUCCUAUCGAUGUUUACCUAUGCUAUGGUCUCGAAUACAUAUCUCUACACUGUCGAUGGAGUACACAAUUCCGUGAUCAUGUUUACGUUCUUGGAUGGCUUAUUCCGCCUUUUCACUCCAUUUAUUAUCAUCUUCCUUGAUCUACAAUUCAAAGGCUUCGGUCGAAAGAUUCAGUUCAUCGGAGCGUUAUUGAUUGAAGCGGUUCUCUUCGGUGUUAUUAUACUAUUGAUAUCACUUGGAUACGAUUAUAACAAUAUUGCUGUCACAAUACUGGUUAUCAUAACUAUCAUGAUCAACGACUGUGUGUUUUGGAUCAAUAUCGUACAGAUUACCACUCAACGAUAUCCAACUGUGAUCCGAUCGAUUGCUUUUGGAUCGCUCCAUUCGAUCAAGUGA